GCCCAUCAGCGGGGAUUAGCGGGGCUGAUGUAGGACGGCGGCGGGCGGGCGGCGAGUCCUGGCAGCCCGGCACCAUGCGGGACCGGCUGGAGCAGCUCCGGGCGAAGCAGGAUGCUGAGGACGACAGCGACGAGCUGGAAAUCGCCAUCGACAACACAGCCUUCAUGGAUGAGUUCUUCGCUGAGAUCGAGGAGACGAGGCAGAACAUUGACAAGAUAUCAGAGAACGUGGAGGAGGCCAAGAAGCUCUACAGCGUCAUCCUGUCGGCCCCCAUCCCCGAGCAGAAGACCAAAGAUGAACUGGAGCAGCUCACAGCUGACAUCAAGAAGAUGGCCAACAGCGUGCGCAACAAGCUGAAGAGCAUGGAGAGGAACAUCGAGCAGGAUGAGGCCCGCUCCUCUGCUGACCUGCGCAUACGCAAGUCCCAGCACUCAGUCCUGUCCCGCAAGUUCGUUGAUGUGAUGACCAAGUACAACGAGGCGCAGGUUGACUUCAGGGAGCGCAGCAAAGGCCGGAUCCAGAGGCAGCUAGAGAUCACUGGCAAGAACACGACGGAUGAGGAGCUGGAGGAGAUGCUGGAGAGCGGGAACCCCGCCAUCUUCACCUCGGGGAUCGUGGACUCGCAGAUCUCGAAGCAGGCGCUGAGUGAAAUCGAGGGGCGGCACAAGGACAUCGUGCGGCUGGAGAGCAGCAUCAAGGAGCUGCACGACAUGUUUGUCGACAUCGCCAUGCUGGUGGAGAACCAGGGAGCCAUGAUCGACCGCAUAGAGAACAACAUGGACCAGUCUGUCGGUUUUGUGGAGCGAGCCGUGGCUGACACCAAAAAGGCCGUCAAGUACCAAAGCGAAGCCAGGAGGAAGAAGAUCAUGAUCAUGAUUUGCUGCAUUAUCCUUGUCAUCAUCUUGGCUUCCAGCAUCGGUAGCAUCUUCGCCUGACACCCCAGCCACUCCCCACAGGUGGCCUUUUCCCACCCUGUCUGACGAUCCUACCCGUGGCCCUGGGACCCACCUGCCAAGCCCUGAGGACGUCGCCCCGAGGUCCCCCCUCACCCGCUGUCCUCACACCAGGGUCCCACAGCUCCCUACUCGCCAGCACGGAGCCGGCCACAGCCAGGGCUCUGCCUUGCCUGGUGGUGAAAGGAGAAGCUCGCCCCUCACUCAGAGCCUGCAGCCAUUCCUCCACAGCGCUGCUCUCCAGAUGUGCCGACACCCGCACCGCGGCCCUCCUCCCCAAUAAAGAGAUCACUCACGCUCCGUCCCA